AUGCUCCCACGGCUAGCCGCCAGAACGGCAUUGCGCCUGCCGCAGCGCGCCGGCGUUGCCCAGAGGGCCUUCGCGACUUCGGUGCCCCGAUCCGUCGAGGCCAAGGAGGCCAUCCUGCACCACAAGGCCGAGACGACCCCCGAGGCCAAGAGCGAGGAGGACUCUCUGGGUCUUGCCGAAAACGAAGAGAGAGGACUACAGCAGGCGCCGAACCGCACCGGCAUCUGGUCGAGAAGUCAACGGCCACGAGCCAAGGCCAUGGCCGGUCCUCGCUUCGAGCAGACCGACUUCGACCUCCAGCCACAAUCGCAAGCCGCCAUUGAGCUCAUUCACAAGCAACCCGUUCGAUGGACACAUGACAAGGUCGUCGCAUGCGACGGCGGCGGCGGCCCGGCCGGUCACCCCAGGAUCUUCAUCAACACCGACAAGGCCGAGAUUGCAGUCUGCGGCUACUGCGGUCUUCCAUUUGCCAAUGAGCACCACCGCGAACACCUCGAGUCAUUACCGCAGACGUCCUACCCCCUCGCAUAG